AUGAGUGUGAUUUCUUCUUCAUCCACCUAUUCAUCCUUUUCCGAAUCGGACGCUGAAUUAUUAUCUUCAUCAUUGCAUCAUCCUCCGUAUGUGGCCCAUAAUGAUCAUCGUGAUGAUGGGUUGGAUGAAUUGGAUGCAGACCAUCGAGAGGAUGAUGAUGAUUUACUGAACGAAGAAGAAUAUGAACAAGGCUUUGAUGAAUCUCUUUCAAGAUUGUCCAUGAUGGAAGAUGAGUUUCAUCAUCACCAACACGAGUUGUUCAAUGGAGAAGAUGACCCACAUACUCUUUCUGAAGCAAAGAAAAGAACUUUAAAGAGAAGAUUGGCCAACAUCUUCCAUCGUGGUGUUGGUGCUGGUUCUGUUUCUUGUUCUUCUCAAGACCUCUUUCUGUGUGGUUCUGUUUUUCAUACGACUCGCAUUCAACAACAACGUAUGGAAUACAUCAAGAAGAGAAGUAUUCAACAGCUCUCCAACCAUGCGAAUAAUAAUGGUAUUAAUAAUCCUUUCAACAAUACCAUGAGUGCUUUUUCAGCAGCAACGAGUCAUCGCUCUGUGGAUAUUGAACAUCGUGAAGAAGAUGCUUCAUCCGCCUUGUUUUAUAAAUCUUUACCCUUUGGCGAGAAUAUUCGACACAUUUCAUGUGGCUCGAAUCAUUACAUGAUUUUGACAGAGAGCGGUCGAUUGUUUUGCAGUGGAAGAAAUGAUUUUGGACAAUUGGGUAUUCCAGAAACUUUGAAUCGAAGAUUGGAAGGUUCUUUACUUGACUUGAAUGCUCGUUUAGGAGGAAAUCUCAAUGCAACAUCUUUAUUGAGCGCAUCCAAUGAUAAUACGAAUGGAUUGAAUUUAAUGUCACCUAGAGAUUACACUCCAGCAGUGUCACCUCGAACAACAGUUGUGAAUAAUCAAGCACAACCAAUCAUUCCUGAACAAGUCACACUUUUGCAAAAAGAGUUUAAUCCUCAUCCUGAUUUGGAAUUGAAUUUUCUUGUGGAAUGCAACUUAUCAUUACUCAUUCCUGCUGUGGAGAAUAUUGGAAAACCUGUGUUACCAAAACGAAGAGCCUCUCGAGUAUUUUCAAGAAUGAACGAUUUACAAAAUCAUUUUGGAGUUCGAUUGGUUUCAUGUGGCUCCAAUCACACCAUCAUUGUCACAAAUAAUGGUGAUUUAUAUUCAACAGGAGCCAACGUGGAUGGACAACUUGGAUUAGGCGAUUUUUGUGACCGUUUCAUAUUUUCGAAAAUUAAUGUAUGUUUAGAACAACCCAUUCAACAAUUGCAUUGUCAAUUCAAUCACAGUGCCAUCAUUACUACUCGUGGAGAGUUGUAUGUAUGUGGCUCGAAUGCAAAUGCUGAAACUGGACUCUUGCUUCCCAAAGCGAAAGUGAGCGUUUUUUCACAAGUUCCCAUCAACGUUCCUGUAAAAUCGAUUCGAUUUACAAUGGAUAGUACUGUUGUACUGAGUACCGAUGGAGACUUGUACAGUUGUGGAAUUGGUGGAGAGCUCAAUAAUGACCAAAAUGGAGAUAAUUCCUCUGUCGAUGAGAAACGAUUUACCAUGUACAGAAAAAUGUCCAUCAUUCCAUCCUUUAAAAAAGUGAAUAUUAACAAUGAGAAGUUUGAACAGAUUCAUUGUGGAGCUACAUUCACACUGGCAGCAACUACUAAUGAUGAAGUGUUUGUGUUUAAUAAUGGUUCUACUAGCUCAGGAGAGGAAUAUUCCCAAUCACCAAGAUACAACACCUCGUCGUCAACUUCAGUGAUGGACCAUUACUUGUCGUAUCGUCAAUCCAUGUUGUUGCCAAGCAAAAAUGGUGGUACUACUGCUACAACGAAACCUUUUAAAACAUUUCGAUUGAAAGCAAAAGAAAAUGAUGACAUUCCUUUCACCACGAAAAUUAAGGACAUUUGUUGUGGACAUAAUCAUGUCAUUAUUACGGAUUAUCUCGAUCAAUUUUAUGGCUUGGGAAGAAAUGAUGAUGGACGAUUGGGAUUUCCAUCGAAACGACCUGACCAUAACAAGAAAAAUGGAACUCUUGAAAAGAAACCAAUCUAUGUGAAUGAUGUCAAACGGGUGGAAUUUUCAAAUCGAUACAUGCAAUCGUUUAACUCGGUAGCAUGUGGAGAAAAGUUUACAAUAUUUUACAAUAAGAGGGAGGAUGAAUUGGUGGAAUUGCAAAAAAGAAAACAGAAUCCACUUCCUCUCAAACCAUUGUUCACAAAACGAGUUCACACCUUGCCAUCAAGUGGCACUUGCUUGAACGUAUUUCAUCCACUUUUGCAACAAUUGUGCCCAAGCUUAGCUUCUUGCCUUUCUACAGAUCGUUCCUUGAAUGUUCAACCUUCAGAUGUGCCCCUACUUCAAUUGCUUAUUGACUCUAUCAUUAAUGAGGAGGAUAUUGAUCAGGACGUCAUGGAUGAUGGUUCCAAAUUGUUAAGAUUAUUAUAUUUAUUAUCCGUUCAUGUGAAAUUGGGUGAACAAGUAGAUCUAAAGUUGAAAAUCCUAUGGAAAUUAUUGGACCUAAUUUCCAUGGAAAACGUGAACACAUUCCUGCAAGACAUUGUCUCAUGUAUGGAAGAAAUGGACCGAGUCAAUACAUCCUCGUCUGAAAAUAAGAUUAAUUCAGCGGUUCUUAAGAAAUUGAACGAUUAUCAUGAGACGAUACUCAUUGAAAUUGCCAAAUCCUGCUACAAGUGGAUGUUCUUACUUGGAGAAUAUUGCAAAGAUUUACUGGACAUGUCACUCGGCGUGAAAUCAGAACUCGCUCAACAACUUGUGAAAAGAAAAUUACCAAACAUGUUUAAGCAAACUUCUCUCGCAUAUUCAGUGAUUGUUCGAAGUGAAUUACAGACCCAUAAUCAUCUCACAUCACCAUUGGGAGCGGCUAGAAAGUCACUUUACAACCAUCAAGAGACAAGCGACAUUAAGGUCGCAUUGAACCACCAUCGAGCCAACCUCAUUCAUGCUCACAAGACAAUUCUCGCAAGUUGCUCUCCAGUAUUGGAUUCAUUUCUACGAAAACAACACGAAUCUACCCACAGUGCACACACGAAUAGUGAAACGCUUGAUUUAUACUCGUUAUGUUUUGGAACUGAACUUCAUCUAUUGAAUCGAAAUUUCACUCAAAAAUCUCUCGAAUUAUCACUCCAAUACAUGUACGACGUGUACGACACCAAUCUUGACAUGAAUCCCUUAAUGGACCCGAAAGAGGGAAUUGAUUUAUUUUUCUGUAUUCAAAUUGUGGCACUCAAAUUACAAUCCAAUUACCUACAACAGAAGGGAUUUGAAAUUUUAGAAUUAUUCAAAAAGAAUUUAGCAGACGAUCAUACCAUUUCACUGGUUGAGAGAUCACUCGAUUUUGUUGAAAGCUACAAACUACAAGAUCCAUUCAAGGAAGAUUUCACAAGAGCCAUUGUGAAAAUUGUGAAUGACAAAUGGCCAUCCUUGUCAGCAAGAUGUCGAUCUCGAUCCGAUUGGAAAUAUAUUUUGCAAUUAUUCUAUAAUUUUGUGGAGGAGGAACAAUAUUAUGACUUUUUGUAA